UUAAUUUCUAGAUAGCAUCUUUUCCACCAAGCUCACCAUUGCGAAAUAAUCCUUCCGCGUGUUGGUUGCUGCGUUCGGCAGACUUCUAGUUCUCUUUGAUUCUAUUAGUCCAUAAUGUCCAGCGAGCUCCCUUCCAAACCAAGCCACCUUGAGCCUUCCAAGCUCGGCACGAAAGAGUACUGGGAUAAUCUCUACACAACCGAAAUCACCAACCACUCACUUGAUCCCUCCGACGAGGGCACAGUCUGGUUCGACGAUUCCUCUGCCGAAGAUAAAAUCUUAUCUUUCCUCGAAGAACAAAUUUGCGAGAAUCAUAUCUUGGGACAGGAGUUUAAUAAGGAGAAUUGUUCGUUUUUGGAUUUAGGGACCGGGAACGGACAUUUUCUCUUUACUUUGAGGAACUGUGGUCAGGAAGAUGAUGAUGAGGAAGAGGAAGAGGGCGACGACGAGAGACAAGGAUGGGAGGGUAGGAUGCUUGGGGUUGACUAUUCCGAACGCAGCGUUGAGUUUGCCAAGAGGAUAGCUGAGAGUAAAGGUUUUGGGUUGGGGGCAGGGAAGGAGGUUGAGUUUAAGUGGUGGGAUCUGAUGAGUCAAGAUCCAGUGGGUGUUGUUCUCGAAGGACCGAACGAGAAAGGUUGGGAUGUGGUGCUUGAUAAGGGCACUUUCGAUGCUAUCAGCCUUUCGGAGGAUAGAGAUGAGCUGGAAAGAAGGAUAUGUGAAGGCUACAAGGAGAAAGUCGUCCCAUUGGUACGGACGGGCGGUAUCUUCCUGGUUACGAGCUGUAAUUGGACCGAAGAUGAGCUGAGAUCAUGGUUUGACGGCGGGGAGCUGAAGUAUGUGGAUACGAUCAAGUAUAAGAGCUUUAGCUUUGGUGGGAGGAAGGGACAGACAAUUAGUAGUGUCUGUUUCCUAAAAUUGGACUCUUCAUGAAUCUCUACUCGUCAAUUUCCAGAUUUUCUAUUUUGCAUUUGAUUUAUGUUAUGGUCUGUAUCAAGCUCAGAUAUCUUAGCAGAUUACCCGAGAACGUCCAACAACAGCAACCAGCCAUACUAGUCUUUUAGCAGUGCAUCUUUGCUUGCUUGCUUACGAUUGGGGUGCUUUAGUCUAGCCAAAAGCAGCUCCAGGCGAGGCGAGGG